GCUUUUCUCUUUGUUCCAAUGGACGAUUAUAAAUAAGGAACAUCAUCAGAACAAUCUAUAAUUAAAUUUGAAUAGUUAUGUAAAUACAUGUGAGUUGAAUUAGAUCUCGUAGGCGAGCUUUGACAGCUAGUUGUCGAUCAGUGGUGGUACUGUUAUACAGCCUACUGAGCACAUCCCACGUCUGAAAGAAUGUUAUCGUUCCUGCCGGAGAUAAAGACUUGUCUGAUAACAGCCUCACGAGCCUACCAGCAGAGCAGCUCAGUUUGUUUGACAACUUGCUUGUCAUGAAUCUUAGUGGGAAUACUGAUCUUGACCUUUCUUUACUCAACUUCACCAACAUGUUCCCUCGCCUAACGGUCUUAGAUGUCAGCGGUAUUCCCAAUUGGCUUAACAGCAGUCACGUGAAGGAGACACUGGGCAUGCUCCAAGUGAUUAGAGGUACUCCGCUGGAUGGGCAGUGCCUGCGCUGCUUCUUGAAGAAGAAUUCCAACACGUUGAACAUUUCUCUUGCAGCUGGACCUUGGAUGAAUGCAGAACCAAUGAAGCCACCGCUUCAAAAGUAUUCAGGUUGCUAUGGAAACAUCCUUUAUUUCAAAGAUCAGUAUUAUCUCAAUUUUCAACGUCUUGGUUACGAUAUAAGCUGCCAGAGCGUUGACUUCAGGUGUUUUAACGGCUACAGCAAGCUUUCUUUCUUUCACAAUUACAACGUAGAGCCUUUGAACAGAUGCUGGGACCAAAUGAACCAAAGUUCUGGAUUUCUGUUCGUCUUAGCAACCGUUGCUAUCACACUGAACUUGACCGUAGUCAUAGCAACGGUGCGUAGUAAGGUCCUUCGUGACAACGUUGCUCAGUUUUUGGUAUCCAACGUUGCCAUGGGUGACAUGUUCAUGUCAUUCUAUCUUCUCCUCAUAACAACCACCAGGGCGAGUGUUACGUACAGAGAGAUGAUGGACCUUCUCCGUACACCUUUCUGUUACUUUGUUGGGUUUGUGAACGUCAUGUCUCAAGGAAUCAGCGCUUUUUCUUCCUUCGUUGUCUCCGUCGAGAGAUAUCUUGCAGUCGUAUAUUGUAUGGACCCAAACAUUCGCAUCUUUCCACACGUGGCCAAGUGUUGCCUUGCCAUUGUUGUUUUCAUAUCUUUUGUGUUUUCAAUCUUGCCCUUCACCGUCCUCAGUAGCGUCUAUGUGCCUGAUUCACACUGCACCCCUGUAUCGGAGCCUACAAGUGGUGCCAUAGAGUACAUGACCAUCCCAGGUGGCCUGGUGAUGAUCGCGUACUUCUUGACUUUGCCAAUGUACACUCACAUGUACAUAUCAGUUCGCUCGUCCAGUCAAGUAGUAGGAAUCCAAAGAGAAGGACGAGUAGCUAGAAAAAUUGCUUUGAUAGUCUUCAGCAACAUGGCUUUCUUCUUACUUCCGUUACUUUUCCUAACACUUGUGAACUAUACCGCUCUGGGAGACAUUUUUACCAUGAUGGAAAAAGGAAUCUUUUGGAAGACAUUUAUGUAUUAUUCGUUUGCAACCAACGCUUGCUUGAAUCCCAUACUCUUUGCGUUUAGGAAUGAAAAGUUUCGACAAGAGUUGAAACGACAGCUGCAUCUUACCCCUAUCACUAGGGUGGGGUUGGUACAACCUCCCAGUCACAUCACCGAAAAAACAAGUAAGGGGCAUCAAAAUAAAAGCAAAACCACUAGAGUUGUUGAGUAGAUGAAGUCAUUGACGACUCUUUAAAGAUUCGCAAAAGAAAAAAAAAACUUCUCAUCGGAAUAUCCAGAAAAAACUUUAACAACGACAUUGUCUAUUAGAACCUUGAAAAUUAUUUCAGUAAAGUUUCAGCCGAAUUAAAUUUCGGACGAUUUUCGUCCAAGUCGACAGAAAUGAAGAAGAAAAACCAAAGUGAGUUUGAAAUACGAAGAGCCGGAGCCUCGACUAAUAUUGUUUUGUGAAGAAUGCAAUGUUUGUCCGAAUCUUUAAGCUAUUUUAGAAUCAGUGCGCUGCGCUAUUACAUACUUGUCUACCACAGGUAUCCCAGUAAUAAAGAUCGACGACAAGUCAUUAUCAAAGUAUGGCGACUUUUUAAUAUAUUUGAAAUUUUUUGUUUAACAUAAAACAGCGAUAAAACAAUUUGAACGAAAAACGGCAUAAAACAGUCCUAAUAUAUAUACACAACAUGUAAAUGAGCCAAGAAUAUUGAAACUGCACCUUGAAAAGCUUCAUUAUUUCAGACUACGUGUCAUUCCCUUAAUAACAGUAACACCGAUAUUUUGUAGCAACAUAUAAAGAUAUAAUAUUCAAGGGGUAUGGCACGUGGUCUGAAACUACAUGUUACGCCCAGACUAGAUCUACAUACACUAACCAUGGUCGGUAAAAUGAUUUUUUUUAAAAAUAAAUGUGCUGUUCUUUCUCAGUGUAUAAAUACCAAUAACCACCUAUAUAUAUAUAUAUAUAUAUACAC